CGGAGCUGCCGGGAGUGGGGGGCGUGGCGACCCGACCCCGGCAGCCCUGCGAAGUCGAGCAAGAUGGCGGCCUCCGUAGCGAUCGGGCCCGGCCGGGCCUGGGGCGGUUGCCAAGGGCGACGGGCCGUGACCCUCCUCUGGCGGGGCCUGUGCAGCGGGGCGAGGGGCCCGUCCGCCGGGCAGGACACGCACUUCGGCUUCCAGACCGUCUCGGAGGCGGAGAAGGGAGAGAAGGUUUACCAAGUUUUUGAAAAUGUGGCUAAGAAGUAUGAUGUGAUGAAUGAUUCCAUGAGCUUGGGAAUCCAUCGUGUUUGGAAGGACAUCCUGUUGCGUCAAAUGAACCCUUACCCGGGAACUCAGUUACUGGAUGUUGCUGGAGGGACAGGUGAUAUCGCCUUUCGGUUUCUCAAUUAUGUUCGUUCCCAGCGGGAGCAUCAGGUGCGGCAGAGGCUAAGAUCCCAUCAGAAUUUAUCAUGGCAAGAGAUCAGCAAACUGUACCAGGAGGAGGAUAAAUCCCUGGGCGGAUCACAUGUGGUGGUUUGUGACAUCAACAAGGAAAUGCUGAAGGUUGGGAAGCAGAAAUCACAAAGCCUCGGCUACUCUGAAGGAUUGUCGUGGGUUGUUGGAAACGCUGAAGAGCUGCCGUUCAGUGAUGACCAUUUUGACGUUUACACAAUUGCCUUCGGCAUUCGGAAUGUCACUCACGUGGACCAGGCACUUCAGGAGGCCUAUCGAGUCUUGAAACCAGGAGGGCGGUUUCUUUGUCUGGAAUUUAGUCAGGUCAACAACUCCCUUGUUUCCAGUUUGUACGACCUGUAUAGCUUCCAGGUGAUUCCUGUGCUGGGCGAAGUUAUUGCUGGGGACUGGAAAUCCUAUCAGUAUCUUGUAGAAAGCAUCAGACGCUUUCCUGGCCAGGAGGAGUUCAAGGAGAUGAUUGAAGAUGCAGGUUUUCUGAAGGUGGACUAUCAAAACUUGAGUUCAGGCAUUGUAGCCAUUCAUUCUGCCUUCAAGCUGUGACCUUAAUCUUCCUUGUCUUUCAAAAUAAUACAAAGGCAGCAAGUAGAACAUUCUGACACUAAAAAUCAGCUGUUUGAGCCUUUCAGGGCACUUGCUGCCAUAUCACAUCAUACUUCGGAAAAGAACUAGUCCCUUGGAAGAAUCUAAAUAUUUAAGCCUCAGAAAACAACCAGGUGUAUUUUGGAAAAUCAUGUAUAAACUGGGCGUACCUCGUACAUUAAUUCAUCUGGCCAGAGGUCAUGUCAAAGGCCACAGUGACUAGUUUGAAAUUGGGACUUGAACUCAGAGCUGAAAUUAUUUUUACACAAUGCAUUUUUGUGAGGACAGUCCGUGAAAGGCUAAGAUUUCUCUUACCAUGUUGAUCGUGCUUGAGGCAGCAGCAAGUGGCAAAGAUGAAAACUAUGAACUAGCCUUUGAAUGAAAGGUUUGUGCUUCUUCCUAAAUACAUAACCUUGAUUGAGGGUCUAUGAUGGAUAAGUUGUUGUGGGUUUUUUAAGUGUAUUUAUUAAACCAUGAAUGUAAGGCUUUCAGAUAUUUCUUGUUUUACUGAAGCAUGAGGCUUACAGUAUGAGGAGGCAUGUAUAGCUUGCCUAAUUAUACCAGAUUCUGUGUCAUGCUUGCUAGCCAGAGCUCCUGGGUACUGUUGUGUGGAUGCAUCCUCCUCCUGCAUCUUUCAAAGAUGUAGGGCCUCUGUGCAUGCGGAUUCCACAGAGCUGUCAUGGAGACCAGCCAUUUUCUUUUAAAACACUCAUCCUUCCACUUAGUCUGUGGUAAACACGUAGUGUUCCUUCUGGAUCAUCACCGACCCAUGCUGGGAGAAGACAGACAUCUGAACUUUCUUUCUCCUCCUCCCUGUAGAAGCUGAAAAUCUUCCCAUAACAGAUGUCUUCCCUGGCAUCAAUAGAACCUUUGUGUCUUUUCCCCCUGGCCCUGAAGGGGGAUGGGGUAUAAUUUCAAGUAUCAAGCAGCUGGAAGGGAAGAUUUAAUUCCAAACCCACCCACUCUGCACCCCCACAAAGCAUUCACACAAACUCAAGCAAGACAAAAACAAGCAUUUUACACUUACUUGGGAUUUUUAAAAAAAUAUUGCUUUAGAGUGAAGCAUGAAGGUUUUGCUUGGUUUUCCCCAGCUGCUGCUUGGUGCCUGAACUUGUCUCUUAAGGAUUUUUUAAAAGUAUAUGUGGAGAGUCUCCACUGCCCUCAAAGGAGGCUGGGGGGGGCAGGGCAGGAUUUUGGACACCCAGGGGUUGGAAUCUUGUCCAUUAUGCUACACGAGCUUCACUUGGCUUUAAAAGCGUUUUUACACUUGAGCAUACGGGAUUCUUCGCCCAGUAUGAGGCAGUGCAGUCCUAUACUGUAAUACGUUAAUCAGAUUCAGCCAUACUGAUGCCCUGGAACCCAGUCUAAAGCAUGCGACUCACCAGCGGCCACUACCCGUAAUUUACAAGCCUUUAUGGGCCACCAGCCUGUGGCCUUUCAAGUGACAGCGACUCUUCACAUGUACAUCAUAGUACGUUGUGUGUCAUCACAACCAACUUACAGUGGCCUUAACAGGACUUCGAAGUCCUGUUUCAACAGGAUAUUUGUGUUUACCAAUUCCACCCCGUACCUUAUGCAUUGCAGUGGAUAUCCUACAUUCUAGAGUUGUGGAGAAAAGACAUGACCAGGUUUUCUGCUACGGCAUUUUCUACCUUCAAGCAAAUGCCAAGCCUGCAGCCUAAGGAUUCCCUCAUCAACAGAAGCUUUCUUGCACCACCUUAAGGAGUCUCCACCAUGUUAGAAGACUUGACUGAAUAACCACAGACUUCCCAUUAAAAUUAAGGAGGCUAUGUUAAGAUACAUUUUAUAUCUGUUUUAAAAAAAAAACCCACCAAAAAGCAUUUGCUUCAUCCCCAUGUAAAUCAAUCCAAGUGCUUAACUUUGGUUGUGUCUUUUAUAGUACUGUAACGACUACAUGCUAGUUUACGUGCAGUCAGCAGGGAAAUGACUUCUAAAUGUGGCAGCCUGGAUCUGCUGGAUGUGCCUGUCCUGCCAAAGUAGAUGACAGUUUAAAUGCUGUUCUUGUUUUCAAA